GCCACGAGUUCGACUCUCUCUAUCAAGAAUUGGACUUGGACUCUGUUAACGAAGAUCAUCUUCCUCAGUUGAUGACAGGGACCAUGACAGAGACCUCUGAGGGCACAUAUGAACCCCAUCUGACUACUCAACCAGAGGAUCUCACAGAGGGCGAGCAAAACAAGCUCAAAUCCGAGCUCACUAAAUUGGAAGCUGAAAUUGUAACCCUACGCCAUGCGCUGGCUGCCAAAGAAAGACGCUGCGUGGAGCUCAAGAGGAAACUGGGCCUCACGGCCUUGGUGGGACUGAAGCAGAAUCUGUCCAAGAACUGGCACGAAGUUCAGGUGUCCAAUGCCUACAUGAAACAAAAGACCUCAGCUGCCCUGUCCACUAUGGGCUCUGCCAUCUGCAGGAAGCUUGGAGACAUGAAGAAGUCAGCCACCUUCAAAUCCUUUGAAGGUCUGGUGGAGACAAUCAAGUCCAGAGCUGCAGGUGGCAGAGAGCUUGGCAGUGACUCCCUUCCUUCUUCAGCGGGGUGUAGGGAAGAUCCACCCCUAGUUUCUGGGAGUGGGAAUGAUCCACUUCCAGGGAGUGGAGAUGAUCUAGUAAUGGCAACUGGGGAUGACUCUCUUUCUUUUCUGGAGCAGGAGUGA